CGACGUUUCGAUUUUCGUUCAGUGAUUCUUAUAGCUUUUUUUCGCGCUGAUUACGAAUCUGCAACCUGUUUUUCUCCAGCACGUGCAGUUUUUGAGAAAUUUGAGUUUGAAAAAAAACACAUUUUUAAAAUUUGAACCAAUUUUGUGAGGUAACUAUAAAAGAUACUAAGAUUCUGGAAAGGGAAGAUGGCGUCGGUUAGGUAGGACGGGUUUUGCCGAGCGCUGAUAAUUUAGAAGUUUUUGUUUGGAUUUAAAGUUUUUUUAUUAGUUAUAUAAGGCACAGAGGAAGGAGUGGAGGAAGGGGUGAGGUUUUAUAUAAUUAGUUUGUAAUAGGAGGUGGGGAGAGGAGGAAUUUUGGAGGUUUAUCAUCUCCCCCGUAUACCCACGUGGUAGGCGGGGGAUAAAGUUUUUGUUGUGCGCGACUGGACGCUAAAAAACAAGUGUUUAAGUGAGGGGGAGGUGGAAUUAAUAAUUUUGGUGGCCCUAGAGGCGUAUGAAAGAAUAUGAUGGAAGAAACGGAAAUAGAUAAUAUUGAGGAUAAAAUGUGCGAAAAAGAAGAGAAGAUGCCAAAGGAAGUCUGUGAUACAAAAGAUAUGUGUGAGAAAAGUGAAAAAGUGAUGGUAGAAGAUGUAGAGAAAUUGGAGAACUGGGAUAUGGAAUUUUUAAAAGAGGAUGAAGAGGAGGUUUUAGCUACAUUGGGGCUGUGCAAUAAGAAUAUUGAGGAAAUGGACAGAGAGGAAGUAAAAGAUUGUGUGAGGGAGAAAGAUAGAGACUUAGACGAAGAAAAUAAGGAAAGUAGUUUAACAAGGAGAAAUAUAGGAGAAAGGAAGAGGGUGAGAGAUGCAAGCAGUGAAGAAGAAGAGUUGAGGAAAAAAGAGAAAAAAGAGUCGGAAUUAGAGGAUAGCAAAGAGGAGAGUGGAAUUACAAAGGGGGGAGAAGAAUGGCAGAGAGAAGAAAAGGCGGAAUCAGUGGAAAUAGGGAAUACAGGAGAGGAACGGAAACAGUUGGUAAAACUGGAGACGGUGGCGCCGCUCGAAGAAGAGUGUGCGAAAGCGGAAACGCUGGAAAAGGGCGCGGAAAUCGUCCAUUCUGACGGCGUGGGUGAGAGAAAGCGGACGGAUUGCGAUAAAAGUAAGGAAGUCUGGGAAGAACAGCAGAGAAAAGUUGAAAAGGGUAAAGAAGAAGAAGCAUGAAGAAAAGAUAGGUGCGAAAAGCACGUGGCGAAACACAGAGUCGAGUAGGAAAGGGAACGGAAGUGUGGAGGAAAGGAGGACAGAGCGUGGUGGGAUUAGAUACGAGGAGGAUUUUUGUGGAAAAGAGUUUGUGGUAGGCCUGUUUUUAAAAAAUAACAGCGUGAGGAAAAUAGGGCAGAGGUGACUUUCAAAAGAAGAGAGGAAGCAAAUAAGGUCAUGGAAGAGGGGCAGAAAAGAGAGGGGUAUGUUGGAGC